AUGUCUAAUACAGCGCAUAGCCACACAAUGAAGAUGCCGCCCUUACCGCAUCGAGUUCCCAGGGCCAAGGAAAUUGAUUUGCACUCUAGCAAAUCUAACGCAAGCGCUGUGAUCGGUGAAGUCAUAUCUCUACGCAUGUUUAGUGUAGGGUUUGGCGGAGUCUAUAAAAGCGUGCAGAGACUCCUGCAGAACAAGGAGCUCAUACGGGAUAUUAGGGUCGAAAUGCUAGUAUGCGAAAACAACUUGAACCUGAUCAAGGAAUCUCUAAAAUUAGAGAGUACUCCGAGCAAGCACCCCGAUUCAAGUCCCAAAGGCGGUCAGGUUGAUUUUGAAGUCAAUGUCUUACAAUUCGUCGAAAAGCAGAAGGCCCUUAGAAGGGAUGAAAUUGAGAAAGAUGAGGCGUACGCGAAUAUGCCCGAGAUGCGUUUGGUGCCCCAAGAAGUUCAACAGGCAUGGAAGGAUUCCUCAAUGUACCGACCCCCAUACUCACCGGGCCCGAGCGCGCCGGUGGGUUACCCAACUCCCCCCCUCUCUCAGCCGUACCGACCGACGGAAAACCCCUACCGUCCCGGAUCCCAACCCGCCCCAGGGGUCCUCUACCACCCUUCACCGCAGACGCAAUUUAAUCCGAACGUCGGCAACGCCGCGAUGGGGCCUGGCCAGGCGGCGUGGCUGCCAAACGUGCCCACCGGGGCUCCCUACGCCAUCCUUACGGGGAGUCCCCCCCCACUUGUGGGGUACCCACCUGGUGGGGCGUUGCCGCCGUUCACCGGCCAUCCCCAAUCGCGCCCUUCCCCCCCUUUUCGUCAGCAUUAUGGGCACUACACUCCUUGUUAG